CUGGAGCGAGGGCGCAUGCGCCCUGUGGUGCGUGGCUGCCGUGCGCGCAGUCCCGCGGGGAGCGCGCUCCGUGGGGCCGCCGGCGUUCGGCUCCUCAUGGCCAAGCGGCGCGCGGAACCGUUAAUGUGUCACGUGGCCAUCAAACGCCUUCUGCGCGAGCCGCCGCCUCCGCCGCUUCUCCGUGCUGCCGCGCCGGAGCAGCGCCCCCGGGGCGAGAGGGCGGGUGCCUGCUCCGCCGCUCCGAAGCGGAAGCUGGAGGAGACUGAGGUGCCGCCGGGCAAACGGCCCGGGCUGCAAGGGAGCAGCCCCCGCGGGGAGCAAGGGGAUGCGGGGGGCAGGCAGCGCGGCGAAACCACGGCGCUCGAGAACGAACGGACGGCGGAGGGAUGCGGCGGUGGCCGAGCCAAAUUGCGGACUGCCUCAACUGAGCGAGAGGAAGAAUUCUCUCAGUAUAACUCAUUCCUGUACUGGAGAGCACCUUUGCCUGCUAUUGAUUUGUCUGAUAUUCAGAACCUAGAUGGAGAGACUUCACCAGAAGCUAAAAUUCCAUCAAGGACUGAUACCAUGGAGACUGAAAUGGAGACCUGAUCAAUCGUUUCAUAGUUGUACAUUUACUUGGCAAGAAACUUGUUUCCAUUUGGAUUCAGGUUUUUCUACUGGGGAUAAAAAUUAGCAUGCUUCUGCCUUCUUGAAGAAACAGUGUUAUGUCAGUCUGCAAAGGCAAGUCUGAGUUGUCUAAGUGGAUGCAAUAAUCACUAUUAGGUACUUAAUAGUAAGAUAUCUGGAGGUGUACAGUGUGAAGGAAGCCGUGACAUCCAGCAACAAUGCUUGAAAACAUGAAGGUAGGCUAAGAGUACAGAAUAUUAGAACUUUGAGAUGCAGUUAAAAGAAACAUGGAUGUGUCACAUGUCAAAAGGAACACAAUUUUGCCUGUUCCUCAAUAAAAAAAUACAGUUGUGGUACCUGAAAGUGAAAUAUUUACCCUGUGAAUUUAGCACAAAGCACACAAACUGUAGUGAUUUUUAAUAUGAUUUUUUUUCUGUGUAAUAGCUAAACCAAAAAAUAACAGCCUACCAAAACCACAGAAAACAUUCCAUUUUCUAUGCAAACCAAAAACAAGUGUGGCAGGGAGAGGAGAAGGAAAAUGACUUUCUGUAAGCUAUUGCUGUUUUGAUAGUUUUUCUCAUUCUCCUUGUGAAAAAAGUUAUUUUUCCUCACUUUCACAAUAUCUAAAGCAGUGGCCAGCAAACUACUAUUUUUUUUUAGUCCAUUCUCAGGUUAAUGCUGUUCUUAAAUCUCUGGAUUGUUAGCUCUGAACCAGUUGCUAUCAUCAAAAUGGCAGAUGUGUGCAAGAAAAAUUAAUGCAAUAUAAAAUGACCAUAUACCACAUUAAAACUUAAGGUGUAGUUUUUGCAGAGACUAUAGGUCUUGCAGAAAGUCAUUACAGAAGUUCAUCAGUUUAGUGAGUUUUGCUGUGAAACAAUGUUUGUCUUCUGUAAUUCAAUUUCAAAUUGAAGUACAAUUAGAAAUACUUGUUUUCAGUAAUAGAUUGAAUGGGAAGAAUGUCAGACUUCACAAAAUGUGAUUUAUCUUUAAGGAGAGUAAGCACUGUAUUUUUGAUGGAAAUCACUGAAGAAGGCAACGUGUGAAUUUGUAAAGUUUCUUUAAAAAUAUUGUAUUUGCUUAAGGAUAUUCAAUAAAGUUUUGCCCAUGUGCAUUUUGAAA